AUGGCGCCGCAUCGUGUGGCACCCUCAAAAGAACGGGAGACGUGGGUGACGGCAGCCGUAGCGAUGGCGCCGCAUCAUGUGGCACCCUCAAAAGAACGGGAGACGUGGGUGACGGCAGCCAUAGCGAUGGCGCCGCAUCGUGUGGCACCCUCAAAAGAACGGGAGACGUGGGUGACGGCAGCUGUAGCGAUGGCGCCGCAUCGUGUGGCACCCUCAAAAGAAUGGGAGACGUGGGUGACCGGAGUCGUAGCGAUGGCGCCGCAUCGUGUGGCACCCUCAAAAGAACGGGAGACGUGGGUGACGGCAGCCGUAGCGAUGGCGCCGCAUCGUGUGGCACCCUCAAAAGAACGGGAGACGUGGGUGACGGCAGCCGUAGCGAUGGCGCCGCAUCGUGUGGCACCCUCAAAAGAACGAGAGACGUGGGUGACGGCAGCCGUAGCGAUGGCGCCGCAUCGUGUGGCACCCUCAAAAGAACGGGAGACGUGGGUGACGGCAGCCGUAGCGAUGGCGCCGCAUCGUGUGGCACCCUCAAAAGAACGGGAGACGUGGGUGACGGCAGCCAUAGCGAUGGCGCCGCAUCGUGUGGCACCCUCAAAAGAACGGGAGACGUGGGUGACGGCAGCCGUAGCGAUGGCGCCGCAUCGUGUGGCACCCUCAAAAGAAUGGGAGACGUGGGUGACCGGAGCCGUAGCGAUGGUGCCGCAUCGUGUGGCACCCUCAAAAGAACGGGAGACGUGGGUGACGGCAGCCGUAGCGAUGGCGCCGCAUCGUGUGGCACCCUCAAAAGAACGGGAGACGUGGGUGACGACAGCCGUAGCGAUGGCGCUGCAUCGUGUGGCACCCUCAAAAGAACGGGAGACGUGGGUGACGGCAGCCGUAGCGAUGGCGCCGCAUCGUGUGGCACCCUCAAAAGAACGGGAGACGUGGGUGACGGCAGCCAUAGCGAUGGCGCCGCAUCGUGUGGCACCCUCAAAGGAACGGGAGACGUGGGUGACGGCAGCCGUAGCGAUGGCGCCGCAUCGUGUGGCACCCUCAAAAGAACGGGAGACGUGGGUGACGGCAGCCGUAGCGAUGGCGCCGCAUCGUGUGGCACCCUCAAAAGAACGGAGACAUGGGUGA